UCAGCUCCACGGUUAUAAAGGAUCUCUGUUCGUCGCACCAAGAAGCAGAACUGUCGCGCGCGCGGGCUUUAAACAGAAGAAGCUCGUUAAUGUAAAUCAAUAACAACAAUGAUACAGUAGUUUUAAUAAAUACACUGUAAUAUUCCGCGUUUAAAUGGCGACUCCACCGAAGAGGCCGCGCUGUGUUUCCAGCUGCUCCCGCAGAGGAAAGAAAAUUUCUAUCGAGGGAAACAUCGCUGCAGGUAAAUCCACGUUCGUCAGUUUGCUGCAGGCGGCAGCUGAAGACUGGGAGGUGAUUCCUGAACCCAUUGGAAAAUGGUGCAACAUUCAGAACAACAGCGACAACAUUUACCAGGAGCUGAGUUCCUCUCAGAAGAGCGGAGGGAACCUCCUACAGAUGUUGUAUGAUAAACCCAGCCGUUGGUCCUACACCUUCCAGAGCUACGCGUGUCUCAGCAGAGUUCGAGCUCAACUUAAGUCUCCAUCUGUGAAACUUCAACAAGCAGAAAACCCGGUUCAGUUCUACGAACGCUCCGUCUACUCAGACAGGUAUGUCUUUGCGUCCACCCUGUAUGAGUGUGGGGACCUGACGGACACGGAGUGGAGUGUCUACCAGGACUAUCACAGCUGGCUCCUGGACCAGUUUGAACCAGACCUCAGCCUGGACGCCAUCAUCUACCUGAGAGCCCCCCCCCAGCGCUGUAUGCAGCGGCUGCUCCAUCGAGGUCGUGAGGAGGAGCAGAUGAUUCCUCUCGAGUAUCUGGAUCAACUUCACUCCAAACACGAGUCCUGGUUGUACGACCGGAGCCUGAGGCUGGACUUCGAGUACCUGAACAAACUUCCUGUUCUGGUCCUGGACGUCGAGGACGACUUCAAGAACGAUCUGAUCAAACAAGAAGUCCUCGUCACCAAGGUGCGAGAGUUUCUGGACACGUUGUCAAGUUUCUCCAGAGACUCUUUAGGACAACAAUGUCCUCUCCACCCGGAGGACACCUGGGCCUUCCUGUGAACUCUGACUAAACUCGUCCUCAUCUUCCUCGUCGUCCUGGUUGCUGAUGUCUGAUGUGGUCCUGCAGCGCUGCCACGUGAUUGGCUGAUGGUCUCGUGAGGUCAUGGGGUCGUGUCUCAGCUGCGUCUGAAACCUGUUGAGACGUUUGUUGACUGAGACGCAGUCGGACAAAUUCCAGGACAGAGAAACUCAGCAAGGAGCGAAGACACAAAAACAAACAGGACCAAACUCUGAGGGAGGGGGUCAAUUAAUGAAUGAAUGAAUUUAAACAUGAGAGUUUCUGUGCGAUCAGUAAA